GAAUAAAAAUGGGUCGUCGUCCAGCGAGAUGCUAUCGUUAUUGCAAAAAUAAGCCAUAUCCAAAAUCUCGUUUUUGUCGUGGUGUACCAGAUCCCAAAAUUCGUAUUUUUGAUUUGGGGAGAAAGAAAGCUUCAGUAGAAGAUUUUCCUCUGUGCGUUCAUUUGGUUUCUGAUGAGUACGAACAACUGAGUAGUGAGGCUUUGGAAGCUGGACGUAUUUGCUGUAAUAAGUAUUUGGUUAAAUAUUGCGGUAAAGAUCAAUUCCAUAUUAGAAUGCGUUGUCAUCCCUUCCAUGUUAUUCGCAUUAACAAGAUGUUAUCGUGUGCCGGAGCUGAUAGGCUUCAAACUGGAAUGCGUGGUGCUUUCGGUAAACCUCAAGGAACAGUCGCAAGAGUUCGUAUUGGACAACCUAUAAUGUCUGUUCGUUCGAGUGACAGAUAUAAAGCACAAGUUGUGGAAGCUCUUAGACGUGCUAAAUUUAAGUUCCCCGGUCGUCAAAAAAUUUAUGUCUCUAAAAAAUGGGGAUUCACUAAGUACGAACGUGAACGUUACGAAGAAUUGCGUGAUGAUAAUCGUUUUGAACAAGAUGGUUGCAACGUGAAAUACAGGCCAGAACAUGGACCUAUGGCUGCAUGGGAAAAGGCACAACGUGAAGUGUAUGCUUAAUCAUUUUAAACAUAUUUUUGAAGAUUAUUCCUUGUGAUAUAUUCACAAUAUAAACUUGUAAAAUUAAAUCUUUUUCCAUAAAUAAAAAAUUGUCUAUUUAAAAAUAUUAAA